AUGGAAAGAAAAACAGAUCAAAAGAAUGAAGGAAAGCAUAAGCGGAAGAAGCUAGCAAGGCAUAAUCCAAAUGGGCAAACAGAAAGAAAAUGUGAAACUGGUAAAAGAAAAAUGGAGAAUGGGCAGGAAGCAGGAAGCAUAUUAGAGGACUGUGGGCUUGAGGACAUUGGUUUUACCGGUGCAUGGUUUACAUGGGAAAAAGGUAGGACAGUUUCAAACACCAUAAAGGAACAACUUGACCGAGGGGUUGCCACUGAAACUUGGAGGGACCAAUUUCCACUUGUGGAAGUGAAGCACUUGCUGUCGCAUAUUUCUGAUCACUACCCAAUUGUGGCCAUUAUGGAUGGAAGGAAAUCCACACAGCAGAGAAUAAAAAGAAAGAAGUUCCGCUUCGGGGCAAUGUGGGUGCAGGAACCGGAAUGCAAAAAAUUGGUGGAGGAUGUGUGGAGUGAUGGGACCAUGGCCGUCCUGACCGAAAAGGUCACCUAUGUAGAAGCAAGUUUGAGCAUGUGGCAUGCAAGGAAAUUCAAGGGCAUGAGGUGUCGUAUUAAUGAGUUGAAAGGGAAGUUCCAUGAGCUACGUACGCAGAGCAUUAAUGAUAGCUUACUAGAAGCAGAAAGAUGCAUGAAAGAGGAAUUGAAUGAACUAAUGGAAAAUAGGAAUUAUUUUGGAUGCAAAGAUCAAGAAUUAAUUGGUUAA